AUGGGUCACUUAAGGUCAGGAACUCGGAAUGGUAACAACAACAUCAAGGUGGGUCUCUGUACCAAUGCUAAAGUUUCACGACCCACUCACCAUAACCCUUCACCAACAAUAAACCCAGAAAUGCACACUCAACAACAACAACAACGCAGUUGUCAGCUCAACGUUACUGCAACAGCGGUGACCGGACCUCAGAGCAAUGCUGAUCUGUUUGGUUUACCUGAGUGGGGUCCACAAGCGGAGACAGUUCCACAGCAUGAAAACGUCUUGCUGUCGGAAGUUGAGAGCUGGCUGAUGGACAGUUGUAACCAAGCCGGGUUGAUUAGCCCGUUACCUGAACCGUUUGCUCAAGACAAUGUGACAUUCGAUUUCGAAACCUUCCUGAAUGAUUGA